AUGAAAGCGUCAUUGGCUGUAACUUGGGCGUUGGCAGCAGUUGUUCAAGGUGUUGAUGUGUCAUGGGACGACGACAACUCUAUCAAACAAGCUGCUAGUACUGUUGCCUAUGGCUUAGUGAAAUACUACACUGGUAACAAUACCGGUGAUACACCAGGCAACCUGCCAGAUCCCUAUUAUUGGUGGACGGCAGGGGGCAUGUUCGGUACAUUAAUCGAUUACUGGUGGCUUACUGGCGAUGAGAGCUACAACAAGAUUACUACACAGGCUAUGCUGCAUCAGGUCGGCACAAACGACGACUAUAUGCCCGACAACCAGACUAUGACAGAAGGCAACGAUGAUCAAGGAUUUUGGGCAGUGGCUGCGAUGUCAGCAGCUGAACAUAAAUAUCCCAACCCGCCAUCAGACCAACCGCAAUGGCUAGCACUAGUUCAGGCUGUUUUCAACGAAUAUGUUAGCCGUUGGGAUACACAGCACUGUGGCGGCGGAAUGAGAUGGCAAAUUUUCACCUGGAACGCAGGAUACGAUUACAAAAAUUCCAUCUCGAACGGUUGCUUCUUCAACAUAGCUGCGCGUCUCGCUCGCUAUACUGGCAACACCACUUACGGGGACUGGGCUGAGAAGGUUUGGGAUUGGGAAACCAAGAUCGGACUCAUCAACAGCGAUUAUCAGGUCCGAGAUGGUGUCCAUUUCGAAGGAAAAUGCCCCAGCUCCAUGGAUACUAACCAAUGGACCUACAACAGUGGUGUCUAUCUUUAUGGAGCAGCUGCCAUGUACAACAUGACCGGAAAAGCUUCGUGGAAGACCCGAGUAGACGGUCUGCUGGAGGACAUAAAGACCGUGUUUGUGAAGAAUGGUGUUAUCUAUGAACAAUUCUGCGAGGAACACAAACUUUGUAACCUCGACCAACAGACCUUCAAAGGAUACCUCACCCGUUGGAUGGCAGCUACAGCACUGGUAGCUCCCCAUACCUCUGAAUACAUCACAGCGACGCUGCUAUCGACGGCAAAGAAGGCCGCCGCUUCAUGUACAGGAUCACCCUCCACAGGUUUCGCAGGCAAGGCUGGCACAGCUUGCGGCUUUACAUGGUUGACCAACGGGUUCGACGGAAUUGUCGGGGUUGGACCGCAGAUGAGUUCUCUGCAAUCUAUCAUGUACACCCUCGCCCCGAAAGCGAAUGCGCCAGUGACAACCAAGACUGGAGGAACGUCAAAAGGCAAUCCUGGUGGUGGCCAGACGAACAUGGAUGUCGACGUGUCGAAACCGAAAUAUGCAAAGAUAACAACGAUGGACAGGGUAGGGGCUGGUGCCAUAACAUGUAUGAUUCUAGCUUGCGUUAUUGGGGGUUCUGUAUUUGCUACUGUCUAA